AUGCACCGUAAACCAAAGAACUGCUUCUUCACCACCCUCGACACCAACUCAACAGGAAGCCGUGAGCAAGCGGGAGAAACUCCAGUCAUCAAAAUGCCAGCAUCCAUAGACAGCCGACCACCAGGCAUCGGUGAUCCCGCUCGCCGCCACAUCGUCAACAAAGUGGGAGGCGAAGACGUAAACUGGCUCAAAUAUGGCUACGAGACCAAUGGCGAAUACUCCGAAAUCGAAUGCACUUGCGAGCCAGGCGGUGGCCCACCUCUGCACUACCACGCAACAUACACCGAGACAUUCACUUCUCUCGAAGGUGAACUUAUCCUGCAAAUCGGCGACGAAGAGCCCAAAGUUGUCGAAGUCGGAUCAUCACAUACGGUAGAGAAGGGCGUCGUGCAUCGCUUCUCUGCGGGCCCAAAAGGAGCAAAGAUGAACGUGCGACUCGAACCCGCUAGUGCAGGGUUCGAGAAGAGUCUGUAUGUUUUCUUUGGCUUGGCGAAUGAUGGUUUGCUGGGGAAGGAUCUCAUGCCUUUGAAUAUGUUGCAUACGCUUUUGUUGGGGUAUUGGGGCGAUAUGGGGUUCCCUGGUGUUGUGGGUGGGAUUAUGAAUACCGUGCAGACGGUAGGAGCAACUUAUGCCAGGUGGACGGGUGUGGAAGCGGAGCUGCUGGAGAAGUAUUGGAAGUAG